AUGAAGAUCACUGAUGCACUUUGUCAAGCUUUGCAGUGUCAGCCUCAAGACAUUUUAAAUGCGAUGAAUUUUGUUUCAUCCACUAAAGCACUUAUUCAAAAAUUCAGAGAUGAAGAGUGGGAUAAUUUACUUACCACUGUGAAAUCAUUUUGUGAGGUAUGUGACAUAGAUGUCCCAGAUAUGAAUGCUCGUUAUGUUAAGAGAGGAGGUCUAGCUCGUUAUCAACAAGAUGACUUCACAAUUGAGCAUCAUUAUCGGGUAGAUAUUUUUUAUGCUGCAAUAGAUUCUAUACUACAAGAAUUAAAUCAUCGGUUUAGUAAGCAUGAAGUGGAAUUGCUUAAUCUUUGUUCAGCUCUUGAUCCUAAAGAGGCACGUGAGUCCUUUAGAAGUAUAGACAUUUUGUUGUUAGUAAGCAAGUUUUAUCCGAAAGACUUCACAAAUCAAGAAAUGACACUUUUAAAGGUAGAAGUUGAUCAUUAUGAGCACAAUGUAGUUCGGCAUCCAGACUUCAAGAAGCUAUCAAGUAUUUCUGAGUUGUGCCAAUGGUUGGUAAAAACCCGAAAAUCAUUAUUUUACCCAUAUAUUUAUAGAUUGAUUACACUUGUGCUCACUCUUCCAGUUUCUACUGCAACUACAGAGCGAGCAUUUUUAGCCAUGAAUAUUAUCAAGAAUAGGCUUCGCAACAAGAUGAAAGAUGAUUUUCUAAUGGACUCUAUGAUUUUGUACAUUGAGAAGGAGAUUGCUACAAAAUUUGGUACAGAAUCAAUUAUAGACGACUUUCGAGACUUAAAAGAGCGUCGAGUUCCAUUUUGA